AUGCCUCGUGGUCAAUGGCAGUGCAGCGUCUGUUCGGCUCGUCUCAGCCGUCUAGAGCAUCUCAGACGCCAUCUCAGGUCCCAUGACCAGAAGAGACCGUUCGAAUGCCCCUUCUGCCAUCAAUCUUUUACUCGAAAAGAUGUUAUGAAGCGCCAUGAACGAGGCUGCAAGUUCAAGGGGAACCUUCCCGCUCAGCAGCAUUGCAUGGGGAACGAAAUCACAGCAGUCGAGGGCACCAGCUGUACCAACGGGUUCCCGGACCUCCCGUCUUCCAUGGAUUUCACUGCCCUCGACUGGUUAUACACGCCCCACACACCGGACAGCAUCGAGACUGCCGAGAGGUUAGAGUAUCUGGCAUACUUUACCAGUGCGAGAGGCAUGGCCACAUUUCUGGAUCGAAAGACGCUCGAGCAGAGACAGAGACUAGUGCUAGAUCAUGCAGUGCAUGCCAGCGUCCAGGACUGUGGGGGAAAGAAGCCCCAGCCGGAGCCAUCCUAUCUAGAUCUAUUGCAUGAUCUAGACAGGUCGACCAACGACAUCUUGAACAAUACUCUCGAGCUCGCGGCUUCCCACUCGGUCUCAGAAGAAUCGGAUCCUUUGCUUUCGAAAUCCGAAGAGAUCGUUCAACUCCUGCGCUCCGUCAUUUCCGAGAAACAAAACACGAACACAAUUGAGUUGACCUGGACGUCAGCUGUACAGGAACAGUGUUCCUCCUUCUUCGCCCCUCCAAGCAUCCGCCGCUUUCUGGAGUACUUCUGGUCUCUAUGGUACCCUAACUGCCCUAUUGUGCACCGGCCGCUAUUUGAUCCGCAAUCUGCACAUCCUACUCUGAUUUGCGUGAUGGUCAUUAUCGGAGCGUGUCUAUCGCCGCAUGAUGACGACGGUCGAAACGCCAGAAUAUGGAUGGAUUCUACUGAGGAGCUGGUUUUUAGCAAUGCCUAUCAUUGCGAGGUUCCUGGAGAUACCACCGAAUCCACCAUCGCGGCUCACAAAACUAGAUGGACUAAAGGACACCUGGAAUGCAUCCAAAUGACCUAUUUGGUUUGCUCGCUACAGAAAAGGGAGGGCUCGACGGAUGCACAAACGCGCAUUCGAAGAUACCGACAUGCGGCGAUGGUCACGCUGGCACGAACGAUCGGGCUUAGAUCUGCAACCCAUCGGGACCUCAAUUUGGAUCGUCCUUCUGAUGCGUGGUGGCGAGAUUUUAUUGCCCAAGAAGAAUUAAUCCGAGCUCUCACAUAUGUCUUCCUAUUUGAUGCGGCGCUCACCAUCUUUCACAAUUCUCCUCCUCGCAUGGUAGUCUCCGAGUUGAAGAUGAGCCUGGCUUGCCCAGAAGCAUGCUUCCAGGCUGAAUCCGCCGAGGAAUGUUCUACACUUCUAGCAGAAUGGGAGGGGUCCAUAUUCUGGGGCAAGAGGCUUUCGGUAUCGGCGAUGCUUCGGAAGAUUUGUCAACGAGAUUUGGACGAAUGGCAGGUGUACGAGCUGGCUAAGAUGGGAACGUUGAAUCUAUUCACUACUGUUCAGUCUUUGCAUUCCCUCACCUUCCAUCUGCAAAACUCCUUGGUCUUCGAGUCAUCCUUAGAGCCGGUGCGGACUGGGCUACGAAAUUGGAGGCGCAUCUGGAACAAGCGCGAGCCAGAAGACAAAGAUAUACCCAAUAUCCCCGAGGCGAUAUGGAAGAAGAUUGGGUUCGUGUGCUACGCCCCGGAGUUUUGGCAGCUUGCCCGGAUUAUUGUAGGUAGGAUAGGGUCAACUGCCACCGUUGACGAGCAUCCGGUUGCUGGCAUCGAGCCAGGCUUACCCAGAUACGACCAUGUCGACAUGAAGGGAGUGAACGAACUGAUCGUGGAAUAUCAACAGCUCAAUUUAGAAGGCGCUAUUGCUACAUGAACGCUAGAUAAUCAACCCU